CUCGGCAACAUAUAUUACGAUAUUCAGUAAUACUUAUUAUGGAUGCUUUGGCAUGGAUGGACGUUGCAUUACAAAAAGCUGAGGAAUCGUUGAGAGCUGGUGAAGUCCCAGUUGGUUGUUUAUUUAUAUAUAAUAACGAGGUAAUUGCAACGGGUAAUAAUACAGUGAACGAAACUUGUAACGCAACUCGCCAUGCCGAGAUAAAUUGCAUCGACCAGGUCUUAAAGUUCUGUAAGGAGAAACGCGUGGAGUACGAAAUAGUGUUUCGUAAUCUAGAUGUAAUUGUCACGGUAGAGCCGUGCAUAAUGUGUAUGUCAGCAUUGCUACAACUACAGGUACGCAGUAUUAUAUACGGCUGUGCAAACGAUCGAUUCGGCGGUUGCGUUAGUGUUCUCGAAGUGCCCAAGUUUUACGAUCCGAAAAUAGUAAUACAAGGAAAUGUUAAGGGAGAGGAGGCUAUGAAGUUGCUCCAACAGUUUUAUAAAGGUGUUAAUCCAAACGCACCCGAAUCAAAAGUAAAAAAGGGUCGUAACACUAAAGGGACUUUAUCCACAGAGAGCAAAUAAUCUUUUUUACAGUUUUUAUAAUUUUAUGUGAGACUUUUUUUUGUACAUAUUCAUUUGAUAUAUCACAACAAUAUGUGUGAAAUAUGUUUUUAGUAAUACAUUGCUCUAGCAUACAAUUUUAUUGCAAUAAAUCUUUUUAUAAUGUCUUAUAUUCUAAAUGUACAAUGUACAAAUAGAACAGUAAUAAUGAUGCUAUAAAAUUCAACACUUUCACGCGUUUUUACUUUACAUGUGUAUUUCACAAUGUUCAUAUGCUAGUGUUCCUACCUGUUUAUACAUUAUAUAUACAGUUUUAUACACUUGAAAUAAAUAUUAUAUAGAACUCAG